UCUUAGAUGUAGCUCCUGUGAGUGUUGUGGUCCCCACGUGUGUAUUACGCGAGCUCAUGCAAAAUGCUUCAGUUGUAGCUGCUUUGCUGAAAGUUUAGAAGGAGAGCAAGUAUUUCUUCAUUAGUUAAAAAAAAUAAUAUUAAAAAUGGUAGGGAAGAUUAAACGAGCUCGGCAGAAGUUGCAUCAGGAGGCGGUAAAGCUUCAGCAUGAAAGGUCCAGUUUUCUCAUCCAAGAGAAAAAACAGACUCCUGUAGCUGCAGGUGUGUUGAAACUAAGUAAACCUGAAUCUGAAGAGACACUGAAAACUGCUGUCGUUAACGCGUCCAGCGACGAGAAGCCAAAGAAGGACAAAGAAGAAGUCGGGCGAUGGGAUGUUUUUUCCUCUUCUGUCUUUGCUGGAACGAAGAUCAGCCCUGAAGAUCUGGUGCAGACUUUGAAAGUGGAUGACACGUGUAACUUGGUUUCCUCCCAGAAAGGAGUUGAAGAGAAGAAGCAGAUAUCGAAGAAGGAGAAGAUGAAACAGCGUCGAGAUAGGUGGCUGGGCAAAAUCGGUGCCAUUAAGCUGGCAAGGGAGCAGCAGAAAGCGCAAGCAAAGAGAAGAGCUACUCCAGUGGUGGGAGACAUGCAGCCCCUCGCAGACGCCCUGCCAGAGCUCCCUAAACUCAUGACCUCCUGCAGGGCCCAAGCAUCCAGGAAGUCAAAGGUACCAGUAAAGAAGAAACCAGAACCUACUGACUUCAGUCAGAUGAAACCAGCUCAGAAGCGCAAGCUGUUGGAGGAUGAAACAUCCAAGUUUACCGAAGUUUUAAGCAACACAGCCUUCAAGGUGAAUCCGUUUGAGGCAAUUGGAAAACACUUCAGGAAGAGGCUCAAACAGGAGGAAGAAGAGAAUCCCAACUAACUAUUUUUCUGUUCGCCAUACUGUGCCAUACCUCAUCACAUCUGGCAAAAUAAUUAAGUCGUUCUAUGUCAAAAAAUAAUAUUAAUAGUGUUAUGAUAUGCUACUGUUAGAGUUAGAAUCCUAGGCCAACAGAUGACAAUAAAAUAUUUCAUAUUGACCUAUGAAGGUCCCAUA